AUGCUGUCAUCGGAUUCGAUUCAUAUCUAUCUAUCUAUCUAUCUAUCUAUCUAUCUAUCUAAAUGGAUGGAAAUAGAAAUCAAUGCCGGUGACACAGUUUCAUACCAUAGGCGAUUAUCUAUCUAUCUAUCUAUCUAUCUAUCUAUCUAUCUAUCUAUCUGUCUGUUUAUUUCUUCCUUUUUAUCUAUCUAUCUAUCUAUCUAUCUAUCUAUCUAUCUAUCUAUCUAUCUAUCUAUCUUAUAUCGGUCAAUAUCUGCCUGUUUCUUCCUUUUUAUCUAUCUAUCUAUUUCUAUCUAUCUAUCUAUCUAUCUAUCUAUCUAUCUUAUAUCGGUCAAUAUCUGCCUAUUUCUUCCUUUCUAUCUAUCUAUCUAUCUAUCUAUCUAUCUAUCUAUCUAUCUUAUAUCGGUCAAUAUCUGCCUAUUUCUUUUCCUUUUUAUUCUAUCUAUCUAUCUAUCUAUCUAUCUAUCUAUCUAUCUAUCUUAUAUCGGUCAAUAUCUGCCUAUUUAUUCCUUUCUAUCUAUCUAUCUUAUAUCGGUCAAUAUCUGCCUAUUUCUUCCUUUUUAUCUAUCUAUCUAUCUAUCUAUCUAUCUAUCUUAUAUCGGUCAAUAUCUGCCUAUUUCUUCCUUUCUCUAUCUAUCUAUCUAUCUAUUUCUAUCUAUCUAUCUUAUAUCUAAUAUCUAUUUCUUCCUCUUUAUCUAUCUAUCUAUCUAUCUAUCUAUCUAUCUAUCUAUCUAUCUAUCUAUCUGGCUUCAAGGGGAAAACCUCAUUCCAUCACUUCCAGAGUAUUAUAAAUUGAUUUUUUUUAAUAUGUCAUCGCAAACAAUCGUUCAAUAUUAA